GGAUUUAAAAUGGAGUACACCAGAACAUGCAAAAAGAGGUGGAGCUGGAAUACAGCUGUGAGUGCGGAGGAAAGUCAUCAGGCCAGACUUUGACCUUUGCAUCCCUGCCAAAAACAUUUAUCAUACAUCUUAAGCGUUUUUGCUACACUCCAUCCUUCAACCUGCAGAAAAUCUAUGACCCUGUGCAGAUACAGAGGGACAUAGUUGUGUCAUCUAAAAUGGGUGGUGGCUGUUUCAGUCUGGUCAGCGCCAUCAGUCAUUCAGGCAGUAUUGAAGAAGGACACUACAUCUGUGACAGCAUCGACCCAGAAGACUGUCCACUGGAGCCAACUGACCACUGGCUUACCUUCAAUGACUCAAUGGUCCUUAAAACAUCUGGCUGGGACGUUUGCAAGAAAAGGCAGGAGCUGGCGUACAUCCUUUUCUAUCGGAGACAUAUCUAGAACUGGAUGUAGAAAGGGGGUGGGGGGGCAGAAGAUCCAGCCACAGCAACAAACAACCAUAAGUAAAGUGUCAGGGACCAGCUGCACAAAGUAACUCUUGAGGCUAAAUCCCAUUUUACCAGAGAAAUUCACUCAUAAGUUUAUUUAGUAACUUUGCUCCUCAAAAAUGAUCACCACAAGAGGGCAGAGCUUUACCAGAUGGGAUAUGUUCUCUCCCAAUCCCAUUUAAUGUUUGAUUCAUUCAU